AUGUACAACAUGGAAGGGUUCAUUUCCCCUGAAGAGAUGCAGACCAUAAAACAGUCACUGGAGAGUCAAAGUCUAGAUUCAGUUGCUGAGAAGAUCCAGGACCAUGCCAAUCAGCUGAAUAAAAUAGUGCUGAACAUUGCUAUAACUGGGGAGUCAGGCAAGGGGAAGUCCACCUUCAUCAACACCAUCAGAGGCCUGGGGGAUGAAGAGGAGGGUUCAGCCCCUACUGGAGUGGUGGAGACCACCAUGGAGCCCACCCCAUACCCCUAUCCAGAGUUCCCCAAUGUCAAGCUGUGGGACCUCCCGGGAAUCGGGACAGAAAACUUCAGACCAGAUCAGUACCUGGAGCAGGUGGGAUUCCAACGCUAUGACUUCUUCAUCGUCAUCUCAUCUGAGCGCUUCACCUCUUAUGAUGUACAGCUGGCCAGAGAGAUACAGAAAAUGGGGAAGCAUUUCUACUUCGCUCGCUCCAAGAUUGACCAGAGCUUGGAGGGAGCGAAGAGGAAGAAGAAUUACAGUGAGAUGGCUACACUGGAUGAUAUCCGAAAAGACUGCAUCACAGGCCUGCAGAAACUUGGUGUGGAGUCUCCCAGAGUGUUCCUGAUCUCCAGCUUUGAUCCAGAGAAGUACGACUUCCCCCUCCUGCAGGAGGAGAUGGAGAAGGAUCUCCCCCAGGAACAGAGGCACGCCUUCCUGCUGGCUCUGCCAGGCAUCACUGACAGCAUCAUACAGAGGAAGAAAGCAAUGCUGCAGGCUAACAUAUGGCAGGUGGCUCUACUCUCUGGUGCAGCGUCUGCAGUCCCUGUUCCAGGUGUGGGCUUCGCAGUGGAUUUGGCCAUCUUGGUGAAUGAGCUGUCCAAGUACCGCAGGGCUUUCGGCCUGGAUGAGGCCUCUCUUAAGAGACUUGCUGAUCGUGUAAAUGUGCCAGUAGAGGAGCUGAAAAGAGCCACCAAGUCUGGUUUAGCUGUGGAAAUAAGUAAAGAAAUGAUCAUUAACAUGCUGAUGGCAAUACCGAAGGGAAAGAAGGAGGAAACAGAUUCAAGGCGGUCUGUAGCAGCUGUGAUGUUCGAUAAAGUAAAAUUAAGUCUGAUUGGUGUUGGUGUGAAUGUGUUAAUGUGGUCAGAUGAAUUUCUACGCUUCAUCCCUGUCAUUGGCACUUUGGCAGCUGGAGCAACAGGUUUCACAACAACCUACUUGUUGCUGAAGCUCUCCUUGAAUAAUUUGGCAAAGGACGCUCAACUUGUUUUGUUGAGGGCCUUUGAAAAAUGAGGAUGCAAAGGGGAAAGAUGAGUACAAAAUUAAUAAAAUGGAUGCAAUGUAGUUAUGAAGAGAGACUAAAAAUGCUUAAUCUUUAUAGCGUCAAUAAAAAAAG